AUGACACCAAUGACACCUGCAACGAAAGAUUAUAAGCACGAGCGACCGUUUCAAUGCGACCAUUGUCGUAAGUCUUUUUCUUCCAAAUAUAAUUUAAGAAGACACAUGAACGUUCACUUCGGCGUGAAUCCGUAUGAAUGUAAAAUCUGCAAUAAAUCUUUUAUUCGUUUAAAUUGUUUAAAUAAGCAUAAUAGAAUUCAUACAGGCGAAAAGCCACAUAAAUGUAAAAUUUGCGGCAAAUCUUUUACUUUUAUUAGUCGGUGGCAAACACACAUUCGUACUCAUACAAGCGAAAAGCUAUAUAAAUGUGAAAUCUGUGACAAAUCUUUUAAUGGGUCAAAUCAUCUAAAAACCCACAUGCGUAUCCAUACAGGAGAAAAGCCAUAUAAAUGUGAAACCUGCGGCAAAUGUUUUGUUCAAUCAAAUCAUCUAAACGUACAUGCUCGUAUCCACACAGGCGAAAAGCCAUAUAAAUGUGAAACCUGUGGCAAAUGUUUUGUUCAAUCAAAUCAUCUAAACGUACAUGCUCGUAUCCACACAGGAGAAAAGCCAUAUAAAUGUAACAUUUGCGACAAAUUUUUUGGUGAAUUGAGUUGUCUUAAAAUACACGCUUAUACCCAUACAAGUGAAAAACCAUAUAAAUGUAAAAUUUGCGACAAAUCUUUUGCUCAGCUUUGUCGGUUGCAACAACACACUCGUACUCAUACAGGCGAAAAGCCUUAUCAAUGUAAAAUCUGCGAUAAAUUUUUUAAUGAAUUUUCUACUCUAAAAAGGCAUGUUUACUUCCAUACUGGCGAGCGACCCUUUAAAUGUCAAGAUUGUAAUAAGUCUUUUGCUCUAAAACACACUUUGAAAAAACACAUUCGAACCCAUACAGAGGAUAAACUACGUAAAUGA